UUAUUUAUUUUUUGGCCGAAGCUCCAUUCCAAAAUUGGAUCCACAAAAACGACUUUGCCUUACAGUACCUCUGUUGGCAGUUGGCUGGAAAAUUUUGAGCCUUAGACCUCUGUUGACAUUUGGCGGAUCAAAAUAUUACACUGAAGGCAGCACCAAACCAAACUCUCAUAUCGCCGUCCUUCCCUGUCUCUCUCUCUCUCUCUCUCUCUCUCUCUCUCUCUCUUUCUAUCCUUUUGGAUUUGAUUUGAUUCCUAAGGAAACCGCAAUUCCUGUUUGAUUAAAGAUGGAAAAAUCUAUAGACGCUACAACCACCACCACGGAGGUCCACGUCCGGAAGGUUUCAGGAGGCGAUAGAUCGGAGAGGGAUGGGAACGAUUCUAGCUUUGGCAGUGGUGGCGGUGUUGGUCGCGCUGGUCUAGAGGACUCGGAGAGAGGGAUUUUGGAGUAUUUUGGUUGGGUUUAUCAUUUAGGUACCAAUUCUAUUGGGCGUGAGUAUUGUCACCUCAGGUUUCUGAUUAUAAAAGGCAAAUAUGUUGAGAUGUACAAGCGUGAUCCUCAUGAUAAACCUGGCAUUAAACCUAUUAGGAGGGGUGUAGUUGGGCCUACAUUUAUGUUGGAGGAGCUAGGACGUCGAAAGGUCAAUAAUGGGGAAGUUUAUGUUAUUCGGUUUUACAAUCGAUUGGAUGAGACGAAAAAGGGAGAAAUUGCUUGUGCUUCGGCAGGAGAAGCUCGAAAGUGGAUGGAGGCAUUUGAUAACGCAAAGCAACACGCUGAGUAUGAGCUCUUAAGAGGUGGUAGUACUAGAAGCAAGCUGAACACAGAGACCGAGAUCAAUCUGGAAGGACAUCGGCCCAGAAUAAGGCGGUAUGCAUAUGGAUUAAAAAAGCUUAUCAGAAUAGGCCAAGGUCCAGAGAUGCUAUUGCGUAAAGCGUCAAAUUUGAAUACUCCUAUCAAGUCGGAUAGCUAUUAUGAGGGGGAGAUUGGAGAUGCAGUUGAAGCACACGAAUGGAAAUGUGUUCACAUGAUAAAUGGUGUUCGAAUCUUUGAGGAUGUGUCUGAUUCCAAGAAUGAUAAAGGUGCUCUUGUAAAGGCUGUUGGUGUCAUCGAUAGCAGUGCUGAUACUGUUUUUGAAAUCAUUUUAAGUAUUGAUCGACAUCAAAGAUAUGAGUGGGAUACUUUGACAGGUAACUUGGAGCUGUUAGAUGCUUAUGAUGGACACUUUGAUGUUGUGUAUGGGACAUAUGAUCCAAAAUAUCUUACUAGGUGGCAAUCGAAAAGAGAUUUUCUCUUCUCUAGGCAAUGGUUUAGCAGCCAGGAUGGAACAUAUACAAUCUUGCAAUUUCCAGCUGUACAUAAAAAACGGCCUCCUAGAUCUGGAUAUCGGCGUACAAAAAUUAACCCUUCUACCUGGGAGAUUAGGAAUUUAAACACACCCAUGGGUUCAAAUACCAUGAGAUGUAUUGUGACACAAACGUUAGAGGUACAUCAUGCAGGAUGGUGUAGAUGGAAGAGAAAUCACUGCUCAAAGUUUGAAAAGAGUCUUCCUUAUGCAUUGUUAUCCCAAGUGGCAGGUCUGAAGGAAUAUGUAGGAGCAAAUCCAACCCUGAAAUCUAAAUAUGCCACCGUAGUUGUCCAUAGAAAAGUUUCUGAUGAUUCCACCUAUAGUAGUGAAAAUGAGGAUACAGAAGUAAAGGAUGAGUUCUAUGAUGCAAUUUCUGCUGAUUCAUCAUCAUCAGAAGGGAGUGAUGAUGAAGAUCGACCAAAGAGUGAGGAAAAGAAAGUGAAAUUGAAGAAUGUUUCAUGGGCCAUCACAAGCUUAGCUUUGAGGCGAACUUCAGUUCUGGAUGCAAAUAAGGAAUUGGAUUCUCGUGAAGCUCCAAUUGAUAUUGAUCUAAGCCAAUUCCAUGGCUCCUUACCCAAAGGGAAGGAUGAGAAGGACUCAAAUUGUUGGACUUCUCCUGGUGGCAUGGGAUUUGUGAUUAGAGGAAAGACUUAUCUAAAGGAUAGCUCUAAGGUAAUGGGUGGGGAUCCCCUUCUCAAGCUCUUAGCUGUUGAUUGGUUCAAAGUUGAUAAGUCCAUGGAUGGAGUUGCAUUACAUCCCAAAUGUCUAGUACAGACAGAGGCCGGGAAGAAGCUUCCAUUUAUCCUUGUCAUUAAUCUUCAGAUUCCAGCAAAGCCAAACUACAGUUUGGUACUCUACUAUGCUGCAGAAAGGCCGGUAAAUAAAAGUUCUUUGUUGGGUAAAUUUGUUGAUGGGACAGACAUGUUUCGGGAUUCAAGAUUUAAACUAAUUCCAAGUAUCAUUGAGGGAUAUUGGAUGGUCAAGCGUGCUGUUGGGACAAAAGCUUGCCUUUUGGGGAAAGCUGUAACCUGCAAGUACCUCAGACAAGACAAUUUUCUGGAGAUUGAUGUAGAUAUUGGGUCAUCCUCAGUAGCAAGAAGUGUAAUUGGCCUUGUCCUUGGUUACGUCACAAGCUUAGUUGUUGAUCUUGCAAUUUUGAUAGAGGCAAAAGAAGAAGAAGAAUUGCCCGAGUAUAUUCUUGGGACUGUUCGGCUAAAUCGGGUGAGGGUUGACACUGCUGUACCUUUGGAGGCUUAAGGUUUUCAUUUGUCCACAUUUUCUAUUCUAUCAUAUUCUCCUUGAUUAAUGCUGUUGUUUAAGUAGUCAACACAUCUUCAAUAUUUCUUAUUUAGUUUUAUAGAUUAUUAAGUGAUACCAAGAAGGAUUGAGCUAUCAAAAUUUAGUGAGAUGUACAUUAAGUGUUACGUGUAUACUCCCCCACACACAUGAACAAAGAUAUGGAGGAACAACAUUUUGCCCAUUUUGUCGAAUCGAAACUAGGAUCAAACUUGUGUUUAUUUUUUUCA